AUGUGUCUUUCUUUGGAGAGCUUAAGUGAUGCUCUGGGUUUGUACGUUAACGGGGAUCGGUUUGGAUGUGUUUAUAAGAAGAAAAACUCUGCUGACCUGGAGCGGACACCACUGGAGACUCAUCCAGCAUUUCCUCCCGAUGACCCUCCUGCUCUCCCUCCUGUGCCCACCCACAGAGCCCGUUCCCUGGGACAACGGCUCCAGCAGCAGCCCUGGAGAGGGGCUGUUGAGGGUUUCCAGGUGGAUGUUUGUGGUGUGUGUGCAGGAGAUGGGAGCACAUGUGAGUUGUUCAGCGGGACACUCUUUCUUUCUGUGCUCUCUGUUGGCUACCACAAGAUCCUGGACAUCCCCUCUGGAGCUCAACGAAUCAAAAUACAGGAAACGCAGAAGACCAGGAACUACUUGGCUCUCAGGACAGCGACUGGUGACUCAGUGAUAAAUAGCGACUGGGUGAUCGACAGGCCAGGACAGUUCUACGCCGUGGGUACUCAGCUCACUUACAAGCGGCCCAACGAGAUACGCAGCAGAGCGGGAGAAUCCAUCACUGCUCCUGGCCCGACCAAUCAGGAGCUGCAUCGUACCGGGGACCUCUGUGGCUUCACCGGUCAUCCUGGCCCUCAGGUAGAAGAGUGUCGAUCGCAACCUUGCCCGGCUUUCUGGGAUGUUGGGGAGUGGUCUGAGUGCAGUAAGACCUGUGGUCCAGGGUUUCAGUAUCGUCAGGUGAUUUGCCAGCAGGUGCAAGGACACCAUGGCAAUAGCACAGUCAUUGUGGCGGCCAGCCUCUGCGAUUACACAGAAAUGCCAGAGACGACCACCGUGUGCCAGCUCAAGAUCUGCAGUGAGUGGCAGAUCCGCUCCGAGUGGACAGAGUGCUCAGUGCCGUGUGGAGGUCAGCGUAAAAGAGAAGUUGUGUGUGUGGAUAACCUGGGUGACAUCGUUGCUGAUGAAGAAUGCAACAUGGCUCUUCGUCCACAGGCUGAGAACUGUGACAGAGGAGUAUGUGCCAGCAGCUGGUUCUACUCUCUCUGGAGUGACAGGUGUUCUGCAGACUGUGCGAAAGGAAGUCGCAGCCGGUCCGUGGUGUGUAUGAUGAGUCAGACCAACUCACUGCCACUAGACAACUGCGAAGAUGAGGAUAAACCUGACGAGCUCAUUUCCUGUGACCUGGGACCCUGCACACAGAGACUGGAAUGGUACACAGGACCGUGGGGACAGUGCUCAUCUGAAUGUGGCAAUGGCACCCAGAGUCGCGGUGUGGCCUGCGUUGUCCAAAACAGCGGCCAAUUAGAGGUCACCUCAGAGCGUUGCUCCCAUCUGCCCCAUCCUCCGAGUGCACAGACCUGCUUUUUGAAGAGUUGCGGAGCACAGUGGUACAUGACGGAGUGGAGCUCAUGUUCUCGUUCUUGUGGCGGAGGCUUCCGAGUGAGAGAGGUCCGCUGUUUGCAAGAUGAUCUGACCACCAGCCACAACUGUGAUCCUGCUCUUGAACCUGCAAACAAGGAGAACUGUAACACACACACCUGCGCGCUGAUUGAUGAGUCCUGCAGGGAUAUGUACUAUAACUGCGGUGGUGGUGGUCAGGCCCGUUUGUGUGUGUACUCAUACUAUCGCACCACAUGUUGUGCAUCAUGCUCUUCGGUCACUCAGAGAGACACACUGCACAGAACCAGGGACUUUUUAGGUUACAAGGCCAUCAUUCACACUCGAUCACUGCCUGGAGCAAGCUCAUGGGAGUACCUCUUCAGUGGCCCUUUCUACUUCCUGCAGAGCUUCCAGAUAAGCAGAGGUCAUCCAGCCACUCUCCCCAGUCUCAGCUUUCUCAGCCUGAGGGCCGAGAAUCAGUCCUGGGUGAUGGCUGCGUUCUGCCGUGGAAGGUCUCCAGACCAGAGGAGGGCUGCCAUGGCUGGGACAGGCCGGGGCUUGUGCGGACAGCUCAGAGGAGAAGACUGA